AUGGAUAUGGAUAGCAUGCACCACGAUCCCGGCCUGGGGAUGGAAACCAACUAUGCCUUUGCGCGGGGAUACUGGUAUACCAUCGCCGGAGUCUUGGGUUCCCUGGCCGUCGUCCGCGGCAUCAACCACUACGAUGGGCUCCAGAGGUUAAAAGCCUGCCGUGAUCCCUCGAUCGAGCACCCUACCCGACCCCAAGGGCCUCUCAGCCAGGCCUGGGCCACUGCGACAGCCAUCGUCCGCGAGACGAGCCACCCGCAGUAUUACAUUUCUCUCAAGGGCCUCCGAUGGGCCACGCCUUUUCCUCUCGGGCGCAUCAUCGUCCUCGCCUGCUACUGGGCCGUCAUCGUCUACCUCAUGAGCUGGAGAGUGUCGGUGAACGAUAUUUACUACUUCGAGCGCAUCGGGUACCGCAACGCCUGGGUUUCGCUAUGCCAGCUCCCGCUGCUCUACCUUCUCGCCAUGAAGGUCAACGUCGUCGGCUUCCUCAUCGGCACCGGCCACGAGAGGCUCAACUGGCUCCACCGCUGGGUUGCGCGCACCAUGUUCGUGACCGCGACGGUCCACGGCUUCCACUUCUGGACGCUGUGGGUGCGUGCCGACUUUGUCGCCUUUGAGCUCCAGAUCAUGCCCCUCGUCAAGUACGGCAUCGGGGCCUGGGGGAUUUUGCUGUGGAACGUCGCAACUGGCCUGGUGCCGAUUCGGCGGCUUGCCUACGAAGUCUGGGUGGUGCAGCACGUCCUUUCGAGCAUCAUCAUGUUGUGGCUACUCCACAAGCACAUUCCUUCCAACGCGCGCUACCUGCUCUGGAUGAGCAUCUCGUUCCUCGUCUUCGACCGAGCUGCAAGGUGGGCGCUUUUGCUGUGGCAAAACACGCGGCUGCGACCAACCGGAUCGGCUUGUCAGGGCAUGAAACGCCUAGGACAUCGUGUCACUGCUCGAGCUGUCUGCCCUUCGACAACCGUGGUGACCAUUAAGGAUGUACACUUUGAGUGGAAGGCCGGUCAGCACAUCUAUCUCUGGGUUCCUAGACUCGGACCCAUUGAGGCGCACCCGUACACAAUAGCUUGCGCGCACAAAUUAGAAGGCACAUGCUGUUGUAAUAGCAUCCAGCUGGUUGUUCGCGCUCAAGCCGGUUUCUCCAAGAGGAUCCACGAGUAUGCGACUAAGAACCCUACGUCGGAGCUGACCGGGUUCGUGUCCGGCCCUUACGGCGUUCCGCCCCGGUGGGACAUCUACGAGACCAUGGUUUUGAUCGGAGCAUCGACGGGAGCGAGCUUCACGGUCCCGAUUCUGGAAGGAAUUGCAAAUGCCGAGAGCGAAAACUGUACGCGGAGAGUCGAAGUUGUUUUAAUAGCACGGACGACGGAGGAGAUCCAGUACUACGUCGAGCGAACGAUGGAGGCAAGUCGUAUCGCGAGAGACAAGGGUGUGACGGUCAGGGUCCAUGUCGCAAUAACCGGGGCCAACAAGGACAACACGCUCGAGACUGACUCCGGAAGCGUCGAGAAAACGGGAGCAUGCUGUUGCAGCAGGCCACUGGAGAAGGGCAGCAGCCCACCGGAGAAGGCCACGGAGAAAGCCACGGACGGGGAUUCGGCCAGGGGCUGCUCUGGCGAUCCCCCCUGCAGCAAUAGCACUGCGACGUCGACGGGCGCGGCCGGGCUGGUUCGCGAGUACACCAGCCGCCCGGACAUCGACGCUCUAGUCCGCGAGCCGGUCGAGCAGGCGUGGGGCGAGACGGCCGUGGUGGUUUGCGGCGGGCGCGAGGUGGUCGCGCGGACGAGGAAUUGCGUGAGACUGCCAUCUCGCGCGGCGAUGCCUUCUCCUCCGACCUUCCUGCCCGCGCACUAUGGCCUGAUGCAAGCCGGCGUCAGGUCCGUCUCCUGGGCCACGGGCUUGGUUGCGAUAAUGAUGCUGGGCUACGUGGGCAGAACCUGGCCGGACAAGGGCCAGGUGAUUGUCGCUGGCCUCAUGGGGUCCGCAAUUGCGAUGCUCAACGAUAGCUGGGAGGUUGUCGCCCUGACCGAUACCUGGCAAACCCUCCCGCGACUCUCGACGUCUCGACGAGUGCUGCACGACUUAUUUUCACUCGCGCUGUCCGUUGGCGGCAUCAUCAUGAUGUGGGUGUCGAACAUCCAAAUUGGGGACACGGGCGAUACCAAGACCGCCAGCGAACGACGACAGGAGAAGUACCUCAUGGCAGCCAUGUGGGGACUUCUAGCACAAGUGUGA